AUGCUUAUAUGUCACCUAAUUCACGAUCGAACUAAUUUGGUUAAUAUUACCGUACGUUUCUGUAAAGUGGUGCGGGUGGCAUUCAUGAUGCCCCUCGUCCAAUCCACGGACCUGGCCGAAGUUGUAAAGGGAUCGAAGAAUCAAUCAUUUUAUGACCAGCAUGCAGAUCUCAAAAAGGAUAUGGAAAUCGCAGAUGACGAAGAAAAAGUUUCAAAAUGGGUCGGGAAAUAA